UUACACAUCCGGUGGAACAUCUGUCUCAUUGUUCUAUCUGUGGCUCAAUGGUUCCCAGUUCCCAGUUGUUCCGAACGCGACAUGUCUCAAGUGUGUGUUUAAGAUCCAACCGGCGAUGUCACGCAUCUAAAUUUACAUUUGUGUAAACGGUGUAACAACAGUGUGGGACCUAUUCCACCAGUGUUUUGCAGCAGAGGAGAAUCAUCAUGAAGACUCUGUUGGUGUUUGACUUCGACCACACCUUGGUGGAUGACAACAGUGACACCUGGGUCAUUCAGUGUAUCCCGGACCAAUGCCUGCCAGACCUGGUCAAGAACUCCUACCAGAAGGGACUCUGGACAGAGUACAUGGGCAGAGUCAUGUCCUAUAUAGGAGACCAGGACAUCAGCCCCGAUACAAUCCGAAGUGUGAUGGAGACAAUACCGUUUACAGACGGAAUGAUUGAACUGUUGACGUUCAUUGUGAGUAACAAGAACGACAUUGACUGCAUCAUUAUCUCAGAUUCAAACACAGUGUUCAUCGACUGGAUACUGCAGGUGGCUGGGGUUCAAGACGCGGUCGACCAAGUCUUCACCAAUCCGGCUGCGUUUGACAAGCGUGGCUACAUGGAGAUAGAAUGUUACCAUUCUCACCAGUGUAGCCAGUGCCCUGUCAAUCUGUGUAAGAGGAAAGUGCUGGCUGAUUUCCUGGCAGGGCAGUUGAAGGGAGGGGUAGAGUAUCAGAGAACUUUCUAUGUAGGGGACGGAGGGAACGACCUUUGCCCUUCCAACAGUCUAAGGGAAGGAGAUGUGGUGUUCCCUAGAAAGGGUUACACCUUGGAGAGGCUGCUCUCUAGACAGAGUGCACAACAAGGAGAGGGUUCGUCGAACCCGAGAGUCGUAGGAUGGACAAGUGGAAAAGAGAUCCUGAUGGAACUGAAAGCAUGUGUUCCCCUGUAGGGUACAGCUCUUUCUCAUACUAAAUGAAGUGUACUUGCAACGAUUAAAAAGUAUACCAAAUGCUUGAGAGGGAA